AUGGUCAAGGCCGUCAGCGUUAUCCGUGGUGACUCCAAGGUCUCGGGCACCGUCAUCUUCGAGCAAGAGUCCGAGUCUGCCCCUACCACCAUCACCUGGGACAUCACCGGCAACGACCCCAACGCCAAGCGGGGCUUCCACAUCCACACCUUUGGUGACAACACCAACGGCUGCACCUCUGCCGGCCCUCACUUCAACCCUCACCAGAAGACCCACGGUGCUCCCACCGACGAGGCCCGCCACGUUGGCGAUCUCGGCAACAUCGAGACCGAUGCCCAGGGCAACGCCAAGGGCUCUACCAGCGACUCCCUGAUCAAGCUGAUCGGCCCCCACAGCAUCAUCGGCCGAACCGUCGUUGUCCACGCCGGCACCGACGAUCUCGGCAAGGGUGGCAACGAGGAGUCCCUCAAGACUGGCAACGCUGGUCCCCGACCUGCUUGCGGUGUCAUUGGUAUCUCCAACUAA